AUGAAAGCUAGUGCUCUUUCAAUUGUGACCCAGUGUGCACCCGGAAAACAUUAUCAUAAUAACAAUAUGAGCCAAUAUGGUUUACGUAACGAUGAGUGGCCGGAGAGGUGGCAGAAUCAGAAUGAGAAUAAGGAUGCGGUGCACCAGGGGAUUGCGCUGAAGCAGAGGUGGCAGAAUCAGAAUGAGAAUCAGGAUGCGGUGGACCAGGGGAAGGCGGUGAAUCAGAAUCAGUGGUAUACCAUGAAUCUGAGGAGUGUGCUGGGGAAUGCGGUGGACCAGGGGAAUGUUGUGAAGCAGGGCAAUGCGGUGAAUUAG